CUCACUGACCGGGCAGUGGCUGUGGAGGAGAGGCGCACCAACCAAUCAUAUUUUGAAUUUUACCUGAUUUCACUGUGAAAAACGAUGACUUGACGCCCAUCAACGCUUCUCAUGAGUAGACUACGUUAACAAUACUGACAAAAAGCAGAAAUACGUUGGUAUCUGGUAUCUCCUCACACCUUGAGUUUUCGUGGGGUUUGCGUGGGGAGGAUGCGUCGCCAAGCGGGACCAACCAACCGUGAUCUCCGGGAUUGGAGAGGGUAGAUGAUUUUGAUUCUUCUUCGCAUAUGAGACGAAGACCGUGAAAGAUCCUCUAGUUUGCAUCACUAAAAGACGAUCGGUUUUGAGUUUAGGACAACACGAGCAUUGGGUAGCCUAACGAUGGAAGGCAAAAGCAUUUUUUUGUGCGGCGUUGUGGAAGGUUUCUACGGGAGACCAUGGUCCAUGGAGCAGCGAAGAGUUCUCUUCCAGUGGAUGCAGAGAUGGGGCCUGAACACGUACCUGUACGGCCCCAAAGACGACCUGAAGCACAGACUUCUGUGGAGGGAGCUGUACACUGCAGAGGAGGAGGUCCAGGUGAAAACCCUCAUCUCAGAGGCCGAGGCCAGGGGCUUGAGCUUUGUGUACGCACUCUCCCCUGGCCAAGACAUCAUCUUCUCCAGCUCCUGUGACCUCUCCCUGCUCAAGCGCAAACUCAAACAGGUGGCGGAGCUGGGGUGCAAGGCCUUCGCCGUCCUGUUUGACGACAUCGAUCACUCCAUGUGCCAGGCGGACAAGGAAGCCUUCUCCUCAUUCGCCCACGCCCAAGUCUCAGUGACCAAUGAGAUCUACAGCUUUCUGGGGGAGCCGCCCAUCUUCCUCUUCUGCCCCACAGAGUACUGCGACUCCCUCUGCUCUCCCAGCGUGGCCAAGUCACCGUACCUCAUCACCGUCGGGGAGGACCUGCUGCCUGGCAUCUCCGUCAUCUGGACAGGAAGUAAGGUCAUUUCCCGUGAGCUGAGUGCUGAUUCGCUGUCCGAAGUGCGUACAGUGCUGCAGCGCCCGCCUCUGCUAUGGGACAAUCUCCAUGCCAACGAUUAUGACUCACGCCGCGUGUUCCUCGGGCCCUUCAAAGGCCGCCCCCCUGGUCUCCAUGGACAUCUGCAUGGUCUCCUCCUCAACCCCAACUGCGAGUUUGAGGCCAACUAUAUUCCACUGCACACUCUGGGGAGCUGGCAUCGCAGCGGCAGUGAGGACAAGAAGGAUGAUGCAGAGCAGUACUGCCCUGAGCGAGCUCUUGAUACUGCACUACUCGACUGGAUGGAGGAACUCAACCAGUCCCUGCUGCCUGGUCGGCAGGUCCGAUCGAAUGACCACAAGUCUUCCAAAGCCUCCUCAAAGUCCCAGUCCUCUGAAAGCGCAACGGAUGGCUCUAAAACGGCGGAUCCAAAGCCCACCAAAACCUCCUCAGAGCCCCCCAAGAAGGAGGACACCACUGCCCACCUCAGCUCCUCAGGGGGCAAACAGGAGUCCCCCACCCCUGUCUACAGCAAUGGAGAUCAGGCCUCACGAGCUGACACCCAGGCCUCCACCAGGUCACUUGUGGAGAAACCCCAGGGGAGAGGGCUUGUCACUGGGAAGAACCCUCUAAGCGAGUCCCAGGUCAGGCUACUGGUGGGCCUGCACUACCUCCCCCAUGAAUACGGACCGGCGGCUAAGAGUUUGCUGCAGGACCUCACCUGGCUCAAGGCCAACUGCCAGUGCGUCAGUGCCAAUGGCAACAAGAAGAAGGCUCUACCUCAAAAGGUGGAGGAGUGGCGCUCGCGAGCGGCACAGUUCCUGGCGUCGUGUGAUCAGAUGGCACUCUUGCACGAGGGCGUGGUGAACAGUGUGAACCGGGCGGUGCUCUACGACCUCUACCCAUACGUGUGGGACCUGCGCAACACCCUGCUGGUGGCCAGGGCCUUCGUCAGCUGGCUCGAGGGCCGAAUCCUGAGUGACAGCUCCUCCUCAGGCUCCUGGAAGAACUGCUUCCACUGGUGCGGCACCACCAGCGGUUCCGAGCUCCUGGGUGUAGAGGCGGAACCGUGGGCCUUUAAGGGAGGCCUGUGUGGGGAGAUGCAGUUGCUUCUCCCCAUGGGUACCAGCACUGAGCUUUUCAUCCAUCCUCCUCCCCUGUUCCCCAGUGCACGGCUCUACAACAUCCGCCCCUUCCACAAUAAAGACAAGAUGGAGCUGUACCGCAUGGUGCGACAGCUGCAGCAGAGGUCGCAAGGCCCGCCGGACCUCAGUGUGAUCCAUCCCGACUUCUUUGGUGACCGGUGUUUGGGGGCAGCCCUGGCGUUGUGCCCGGAGUACAGCUUUGUCCUUGAGGAUGAGCUGGGGGUGUGUGGGUGUGUACUGGGCAUCCAGGACGUUCGCCACUUUGCCAAGCGCUGGCAGGCUAGCUGGCUGCCCGCCAUGAGGGACAAGUACUCAUCUCAGGCCGGGAGCAGCGGGCACACCAGCACAAAGGAGACGCUGCAGUGCCUCCAGGAGGAGCAGCCGGACUACCCAGACUCUCUGCUCUACCACUUCCCCUCACAGCUGCGCCUGGACGGCCCCGAGCUGGUGGAUUGCAGCGUCAGCCGCAGCCUCCUCACGGCCCUCCUGACUGCACUCAAGGCCAACGGUUCGAGGGGUGUGUUCUGUGAGGUGCAGCCCAUGGACCAGCUGAGGAUGGAGUUCCUGACCAAACUGGGCUUCUUGGAAAUCCUACGAGUGGAGGCCAGCGCCAGGGAGGGCCUAGUGCUCGGACGCCUGCUCUAGGCACUGUGUCUGUGUGUCUGUCUGUCUGUCUGUCUGUGUGUGUGUGUGUGUGAGUGACUGUCAGGGAAGGGCCAAUGCAGGGUGACUGUUCUAGUAUUUAAAUAUACAGUGUGUGUGCUCAGCUGUGUGUGUGUGUGUGUGUCAAGAUUGGACAUAAUGGUGGUAUGGUGCUGAUUUAGAGAUAGCUAAUAAGGGUAAGUUUGCAUGUGUGUCUAUGUGUGUGUCAGGGUGUGUAUGUGUGUUUGUCUGGGACCAUGAACAGCCAGAGCACCUGCUGGGAUAUUUUUCGGACCAUUCUCCUUAAUGGCUUGAAUGAUUGUACUAUUUUUUUUUUUUUAAUGAUUUUUUUUCUUAAAUGUUUUUUUUCUUAACAUAGCACACACACCAACACUAGCUCUUGUAAGAGAAGAGGAAUAGAAAUCUGAUUGCGGGGAGUACAGAGGAAAUCAGACAGAUACAAUCUGACAAAUAUGGCAAUCACUGAGAAUUCAGGCCCUAGCUAGAUUGAAGAAAAAGUCAAAGAUUUUGCACUGCAUGCACAUUAAAUGUUCCAAAGAACACUAAAUCAUCUUGUAAGUGUAGUAGUUUUAAUCACAAGGUGAAAUGUCAUGUCAGUCAUUUUAAAUUUUGAAACACAUACCUAAGGUAUGAUCACUCAAGCACAAUCAAAAGAGAGAACAAUAACUAAAAUGUGCGCUAAAAUCUUAAGGAAAAUAGGCACUAGAACUGCAAGGACGUUUUAGUAUAUGUACCAAAAUCAGACUCCUCCUCUGAGAUGCAGUCUACCAUGGUGAAGAUGUAGGUGUUGUAGUGAGAACAUUCUCCCUAGCGCAUUAGUCGUUGGCAUGCAAUGCUAAUUCAGAAGUUGUUUUAUGUGCACUGUAAUGGUGACCGCUGCCAUCAACUUCCCUAUUCAGAGAAGCAGCUGAGAUGCAACCUGUCUAUGGACCGAGAGCAAUGGGCCACUGCUCAAAGAUAGUGACCACUGUUCAUAUCCAUUGCUUAAUUACUGUCUGUACCUGUACUGUAUUGAAAGCGUUUUCUUCUUGAUAUGUAAGCAUGUUUUUCUGUGGGAGUAGUUACUUGAAUGCAGACAUAGGCAAAUAAUUUCUUUCCUCUGAAUCAAUGUAUAUAUUUUAAACAGAACCCUUCCACCAAGCUAACACCAGGCCGUCACACAUAAUAUUUGAAUUAUUGCUUAUAUUAGAUUGUUCAUUUCAAUUUAAAAGGAGAAAUCUUAUGCCCCCUUUCCCACAAGUUGACAAGGUUCCUUGGGAUCUUAAUGAAAUGUCCUCUGUGACAUGCUUUGGUGAAAAUACAAGGAUGAAGCACCCUUCCCAACACUGUCCAAGACUCACCACAAUAUGAAUUCAACACAAAGUAAAUUAUUUAGUAAGCACAAACAAAGCAUAAUGUUGCAGAAAAAAAGAGAUGAAAUAUUUCAAUAUAUGACUUAGUAACCACACUUAGGUAAGAAAAAAAGUGAAGACUAUAGUUGCUGUUUGUGGCACUUGGAUUUAUGCUGUCAUUUUGAUCUGCUUUGCAUAGGAACAUUUCCAUGUCCAAGCAGGCCUGUUUUGAUGCUUCCUCACUAAGUGGUAGUUUGAAGGUGUCUGUAGGAAGGAGUUUUGUGAAUCGUGAGAAUUGCUUUAGGAUGCCGUUUUUGUGUGGUGUGACAAGUUCCAGGAGAUAGAUUGACUUUAAAUCACAAAGGCCAUACUAACAAACUCACAUAUGUCAGUGUCUGUCUAAUAUUCUUUCUUUAAAACAAAAGCAUGUUUUAGUUUGUGGAAUAUAUAAUCAGUUUACAACUUGAUUUUAUUCCCCUUUAAUAGAUUUACAUGAAAUUAUAAACUGUUCACAAUUUUUUAUACUGUAUGUUAUGAACUUUGUGUUACAGAAAAAAUAAAAAUAUUUUUUUUCUGUU